AAGAACUUCCGGCGCUGGCAGCACUUCAAGGCUCUGGCCCGCAGGCACCUCCCCCAGAGCCCUGAUGCUGAAGCUCUGGCCUGCUUCCUCAUCCCCGUGCUGCGGACUCUGGCUCAGAGGAAGCCCAGCAUGCCGCUGGAGGAGGGGAUGCAGAUUGCCAUGCAAGAAUGGCAGCAAACGAGCAAGUCGGAAAGGAUGGACUUCUACAAUAUGGCAGCCAAGUUUAUGGAGUUUGAGGCCGAGGAGAUGGAGAGGCUGACGCUGGAGUGCAUGAAGGGGAAAACGUACCAGCCUCCUCCAGCCCCAGUGCACCUGCUUCCUCAAGGGCCCCCAGCUACUGGGCUUGUCCAGCAGACAGUGUCUGAACCCGGCAUGGACAGCUCCAAGGCCUUACCGGUCUAUCCCCAGCCACCAAGAAAUUGGCAGCCUCAGGACGAGACCCCAGAGGCUCUGAGCAAGUACACAAACAUCACAGAAGUGCUACAGGGGCCGAUGCCCUCCACCAAGAAGAAACCUAGUGCAAAACAAGACACAGAUGGGAUCUGGACUCCCCAAGACAUGGAGACCUAUCCAGACCCAGAACUACUCAACUACAUUGAUGAGCUGUGUGCCCAGGAGGACUUCACUGAUAAGGUGGAGGCCAUCAUUCACCCUCGAUUCCUAGCAGAACUGCUUUCCCCUGAUGCACAGCUGGAUCUCAUGGCCCUGGUGGAGGAGUUGGAGAAGGAGGAAGUGCUGACUGCUGAGCAGGUGGUGGAGAAGCCCCUUUCCCUCUUGAGUGAGGAUGGGGCUGUGGGGGCAACCGCCACUCAGCAAGCACUCUUAUUGGACACCAUUCCUGAGGCUGUCACCUGCCAAGGUGCACAGAGUGAAGACUGUGCCCAGCCAAAUGCAGUCAGUGCUGACAUCGACUCACAACAGGUCUCUUCCCAGCAUCUGCAGAGAUGUGCUGUCUUAGGCAACAGGCCUAAGGAGGCUGCAGGCUUUGCUGGGCAUCAGGAGUAUCUUUUCCCAGGGACUUUCAAAACUCCAUCCACACAAGGCCACCAUGUCCCUGCCCCAAGAUGCCCCAAGCCUGCAGGAAGCUUCAGAGCACAAUCAUCUGUUGAGAACCCACAACCACCAGUGGGCCUCUCCACGAACAACGAGGAUGAGCUCCCCAGCCUGGCCUUCUUCCUGAACUCCCAGCUUCACCUGCUGCCUUUGGAUCUUGACCAGAGCCCCGUCUGCCCAGCGCACGAGCCUCUCUCUAGCCAGGGAAGGGGCCUCAGUUGUGUUGUCCCUAAAACUCGCAAAUCCAAAAAGCGAGUUCAUCAGGGAGGCCCGGUUCCUGCGACCAAGAAGACUCGCUCGGGCUCUGGGCUUGGAGCCCUUGGCAGGCAGGCCCUGGCUCUCGGUCGUAUUGGAAAGAGCCAGGCUCAAAAGAGGAGCCAUGAUCCCAUGGUCAGCAGGAGGAAGAAGAGGCAGCGUUAA